GCGCAGUAGUAAGUCACCUGUGUUCCAAUGCCGUAGCCUGCUGGAAAAGCGGGAGGGCUUUCACCUGAUCGUAGCCGGUGCUCGGUGGCUGCGCGGCCAGGUUUUAGAGUAUCAUGAUGUGACAGCUGUGGUCGCCAUGUCUGCACUGUGCCCUCCUCCUUCUCCUGCUGUUGCCAAGACAGAGAUUGCACUGAGUGGAGAGUCACCAUUACUGGCUGCUACUUUUGCAUACUGGGAUAAUAUUCUUGGACCCAGGGUCAGACAUAUUUGGGCCCCAAAAACAGAACAGCACUUUCUCAGUGAUGGAGAAAUAACAUUUCUUGCAAACCAUACCCUGAAUGGAGAAAUACUUCGUAAUGCAGAGAGUGGAGCAAUAGACGUGAAAUUUUUCGUUUUGGCUGAGAAAGGUGUCAUCAUUGUCUCCUUAAUUUUUGAUGGAAAUUGGAAUGGGGACAGAAGUACAUAUGGACUAUCAAUAAUACUUCCACAGAGUGAACUCAGUUUCUACCUUCCCCUUCACAGAGUAUGUGUUGAUAGGCUGACACAUAUUAUAAGAAAAGGAAGGAUAUGGAUGCAUAAGGAAAGACAAGAAUUUUUCCAGAAAGCUGCUAUGGAAGGCACAGAGAGAAUGGAAGAUCAGGGCCAGAGCAUCAUUCCAAUGCUGACGGGGGAAGUUAUUCCUGUAAUGGAACUCCUUUCAUCUAUGAAAUCACACAGUGUUCCAGAAGAAAUAGAUAUAAGGGACACGGUGCUUAGCGAUGAUGACAUUGGAGACAGCUGUCAUGAAGGCUUCCUCCUUAAAGCCAUCAGUUCACACCUGCAGACAUGUGGUUGUUCAGUUGUUGUUGGAAGCAGCCCAGAAAAAGUAAAUAAGAUAGUACGGACCCUGUGCCUCUUUCUCACUUCUGCAGAGCGAAAGUGUUCUAGACUCUGUAGAAAUGAAACAUCAUUCAAGUAUGAAUCAGGUCUGUUUGUGCAAGGAUUGCUCAAGGAUGUGACUGGAAGUUUUGUGCUGCCUUUUCGUCAAGUGAUGUAUGCUCCAUAUCCUACCACACACAUAGAUGUAGAUGUCAAUACAGUGAAACAGAUGCCUCCAUGUCAUGAACAUAUUUACAAUCAGCGACGGUACAUGAGAUCUGAGCUAACAGCAUUUUGGCGGGCCACUUCUGAUGAAGAGAUAGCUCAGGACACCAUUAUCCAUACAGAUGAAAGCUUCACUCCUGACUUGAAUGUUUUCCAAGAUGUCUUGCACCAAGACACACUAGUAAAAGCCUUCUUGAAUCAGGUCUUUCACUUGAAACCUGGGUUGUCCCUCAGGAAUGUGCUUCUUGCACAGUUCCUCUUAGUCCUUCACAGAAAAGCCUUAACUCUCAUCAAAUACAUAGAAGAUGACACGCAAAAAGGCAAAAAGCCUUUUAAAUCUCUUCGUAACUUGAAGAUAGACCUGGACUUAACAGCAGAGGGCGAUCUUAAUAUAGUAAUGGCUUUAGCAGAGAAGAUCAAGCCUGGUUUGCAUUCAUUUCUGUUUGGCCGACCUUUCUACACAAGCGUGCAGGAACACGAUGUCCUAAUGGCAUUUUAAAGACAUUUUUGAGGUGGGAUGGUAUAGCUCCACAAUGCUUUUCAAAGAUGUCCAUAAAGGGAAUGUUAUCGUACUCUUCAGAUGUGCUGCUGUCCAGGACAACUGAAUGUGACAUUUAACACUACAGCCUGUAGAGAAAAGAGGAGGCAGCAUUAUCAAGGGUCUGGUCACUUUAACUUAGGCAUGCAUCAAAACCUCCAUUUUGUUUAUCAUGAAAGUAAAUACUUUUGUGAGUAGUUUAACUGCUAGCUUAAUGGGAUGUUGAGAAACACAAAGAGGAUGAUACUAAUGGGUUGCUAAGAGCACACUGGGUUUGUAACUUGUGUGUGGUGUUGGGUGAUACGAUGCAUUCAUCCCUUUCCUGCUGGGAGACUGUGGCUGCCAAACAGAUGGCAAAUGUGGCUUUAAGAUUUCUGGUUUGUUUGGUUAUAUAAACAGUGUCAUCCAUAUGUUUUCUUGUUCAUGUACCCUUCAAAACGCACCAAUAACCUAAAUCAAGGUAUGUAUGAAAUAACUGAGUUCUUAAAAGAGGUCGAGCGGGAACUGAUGCUACCGAAUGCUGUUUUUGGCUAGGCCAUCAUGAAUCACAUUUCUUUCUAUCCAAGUGCCAAGCGAAGCUGUUCUGUUGCUAAUUAAAUUGGACCAUCAUGCAUGUCGCACUGUUAAAUGACUAACACACUUGUAAAUCUUCAAAGCAGACCUAGGAAAGGUAUGCUUUUUGCUGAAAUGAGCACUUGCCAAAUUUGCUCUGAGCUACUGAGUAAAAACUAAAUCCCCUAAACCCUCCUGUAAAUUGAGGGGGGGGGCAUUUUUAGCCAAAGUUUGUGGGUAACGCAUUCAAAGGAAUGGUGGCAGUGGCAAAAUUCUGGGUCUCUGAGAUGUCAGUCUUCCUCUGCAACUCUAAUAAAUUUACUUUAUAAAUUUACCUGAUUUUGGAAGAGAUAAGAAUAUAUAUAAUUUGCCUGUUUUCCACAACCAGUAAUAUAGAAUACUUAAACUAGGUAUGGUGUGCAAAACUUUGCCAUCAUACUUUACGCCAUCUUGUUCUUGCUGAUUCAGUGGAUGCUGGUCUCUCUUUAAUUUCAUGCUUGUGUUAUUUUUGCCAAAUUCAGAUAUGUUUCUUUAAGUGCAAUACUUUUGUCCUCCAUGUUUUGGGAAAUGAACUGAAAAACAUCUCUAAGUCUUGCUGGUUAUGGCUUUUCUUCUUCAAGCUAUUCUUAACAAGCUAUAACAUGAUUUUAUUUUCUUAGAAAUAUGUUAACCACUGUGAUUCAGUAGUUAUGACUUGUACGUUUUGGUUCAGGUAAGCACAUGGGGCUCUAAGGAAGGGUUUUAACUUUUACUUUUGCAGCCUGGAGAAGUGUCAGUUCCAAAAUUCCUUUAUUAGUAAAAUGAUCGGGGAUCGCUCUACUUUUAUAGAGCUUAUUGCAUCAUCUGAGUCCCACAGAUCUCUGGACUGUGACCUCUAACUUGAGUUUAUUACAAUAUGAUGUUACAGUGACUGAAUAUUAAAUUUUCAUGCAAAGCAAUGUUCAGAGUAAACUGAACCCUACAGGGAAAAUUUGGGAAGGAACCUAUAGGAGCAGGUUGUUAGAGCCCCCUCCCUCUUAGCACAGUGUAGAAUAGCAGCAUAGGUGAGCAAGAAAUAAUUGAAAAUCAUAAGUACAUCCUAAAGUGAAUAGCUUGAGCAUUACAGUGUUGUCUCAUGUAUAGCAGAAGUCAAUAGGUCGCAACUAUUUUUGAGAUGAAUACUCCUAUGUGGCAUUCUGGGUUCAUGGUAAAGGAUAUUGAAUAUAAGGUAUUCAAUAUCUUAUAUCUUAUAAGGUAUUCAAUAUCUUAAAUAAGGUAUUUUUAAAAAGUUAAUGAAGUGAUAGAUACAUGGGUAAUAUAUAACUCUGAUAAUAAGCUGCUUUUCUGAAAACUAUUUCAUAAGAUGAUGGUCCUUGGAGUUUAAAGGCCGCGUAUACAGCUACAUACCUGUUGUACUUCCAAGUUUAACUAGAGAGCCAUAGGAUGGUUUGGAGUCUCAGCUGUGUGGUUGGAAACAGCUGUGGCUCAGAGCACCAGUCCAGAGCACCAGUCCCUGCCCCCUCACAGCAAGAACCAACCUGACUGCUCUCUGACAUCAGGAAUAUGUCUUCAGAAAGAGGUUAAAGGGGGUGUUCCAGGAGUUUUGUAGAGGAGAUACCAGGACAGCCAGGAUACAGAGCAUCCUGACACCAUUUAGCUUCCUUUCUCCCUCUGAAACACUCAAAUUAGUCAGCUCAAAACAGCAUCUAGCAAAAAUGCAGAGUGAAAGGAGCAGGGAGGCAACAAUUGCCUCCAUCACUCCUCCCAGUCUACAUAGGAUGUCCAUAAUCCUGAGAGUUCAGGGGCUUUCUAGCAUCCUGAUUGCACACUGAAUCACUGUUUUUUGUUUUGUUUACACAUGCAGCUGUACACUAAAGUUGGGUUUGUCUAGUGUAUGGAAUGAGGCUUGAAAGAAACAUAUCUAAUUUAGUAUGCUAGGUCUGUGUAUCUUUCCCGCUUCCAGGUCUUUGGAUGGCAAGCUACUUGAAGAAUCUGUAGAACUAUUGCUGACAUAAUCUAGUAAAGAGACAAACUCUAUUUAUUUGCUCUUUUCUUAAAAUUGUGGAAUGGGAUGUCACGGAUAGCAAAAUAUUUUUAAUUUUGCUUGUUAAGAGUGGUUUGCUUGUUUUUAAAUUCUCAUGACUACAUUCUGACGUUGCCAGACACAGGCCACACUAUUGAAUUAUAUGCCUAAUUGUAGCUUGAUGCUUUUUGUCAAAUGCCGUCGGCAUUACUAAGAUGAAAGCUCCAUUGUUGCCUGAAAAAAAAUCAUAGUGUCUUUUUUCCACUGUGGAAUGUCUAAAUAUUAAAAACUUGUUCCAAGUUUCAAUGCACUUUUGUCAUGCAUGCACAAUAUAAUAAAAGAUCAGUACCUCCA